CAGUGCACAGAUAUGAAGCAUCUCGCAAUCUUCCUGCUGGUCGCUGCAGCCGUGCUGAUCGAAGUGCAGGGACAGAUUGAACCAUGCUUGCUGUGGAUGAAACCGCAGCCAACGUGCCCCACUAACGAACGAUACACGUGCUGCAAGCCAUGUCGCGAGGCCACAUGCCUGUCCAAGGGAUUGCUUGCCAAAUGUGCUGGGCCCUGCAAAGGAGGAUGUGUUUGUAAAAAUGGCUACAUACGCGCCAUAAACAAUGGUAAAUGUGUUCUACCAUUGAAAUGCUCCAGUACUUUCCCAUUUAAAGUAUGAUUUCUAGAUUGAUGAAGGCGAUGAUUUUUCUCGGAGCAGAAUAAAGCCAUUUUUCAGUUUUCCAAAUGCAAACCCAAAAGCAUUCUUUUCCUUUCAACUGUGUGGGUGCGAUAAAUUCAAGCACCCUGCACCAUAGCAUUCCAGCAGUGGAACGUUUCAUUUCUCGUAUGAUCGAUCAGAAAACGCCUCCCGCACUCAAUCAGUCGGUCGGUUCCGCCCGGGAGGUACAAUUAUUUUUCACCUUAACAUCUAAAUCCCCACCAUUGCCAUUGGAGGCAUCGCUUGUCAUGGUAAGGUGCUCAUCACGCAUUGAUGACCCAUGCUGAAGGGAACGGGAAAAGAGGGACUGAAAGGUGGACAAAGACAAUGGGGGGGGGGAGGGGGCAAAGUCCCGUAUCGAUAAAC